ACUCCAUCAAUUGAUUCAACAAAUCUUACCUUCUUUGCCUUCCCCUGUUUCAGAAGUUUUGCAUCUCUCGCCCAUUUGCUUCCCAAUUUCUUGGAGAAUACAAGGAUGCUCCUGAGGAGCUCUUCCACUCCAGUUCUUGGAUCUCUCCGCUCCUCUUUCUCGGACGGCGGUCCCAGCCAUCACGGCCACCACGAAGCCGCCGCCGUGCAGAAGGCCGCCGCCCUCCAUAACCACCACAACUUCUCUUUCAACCCGAAAGGGUCCCUCAACUUCUCCACCAUCUCAUGCAACUCCUCCCCCAUCUCUCCCUCCAUACACGACUUGGGCGGCGACGCUCCCAGCCACCACAGGGGCGGCGGGUUCCGGCGAGUCCAGUCCGAGGGCAACUUGGAAGGCCUGGCCCAGGCCUACAAUAUGUCUCCCUUGAGCAAAAAUGAAGAUCGGUCCCACACCGCGAGCCAUGCUAAGAAGUCCUCGGCUCGGCCCCGAAGCAUGAUGUUGGAGACAAUACCGUCUUUCUCGUUUGAUAGGUACGGACACGCCCGCGAGGGCGAGGAUGAAGAGAACAGCGAUUUCGACUUCGACGAGAGAGAAGAGCAUGAGGAAUAUGACGAGGCACCGUUGGUGGAGAGCAGUGUCAUGUUGAGGGGGAGUAAAAGUAUGAGUUUGAUUGCGGAGGAGGAAGCGAGUAGUGUUGGUAGUGUGAACAUGAUUGAGAAGUCCGGUUUCGAAGAGAACAAAGAGAGGGUCAGGCAAGAAAUGAAUCUCGCCAUAGGGCUAGGCGGCGGCGGAGGCAAUUGGGGCGGCGAUGGCGGCAGCAGAGGCGGCUGGGGGUCUAAUUCGGCCGACGAGGGAGCCGAUGGAGAAAACAACCAGGGGGUUGAAGAGUACUACAAGAAAAUGGUGGAGGAGAGUCCUAACAACUCUUUGUUUCUCAGAAACUAUGCUCAAUUUCUAUAUCAGACACAGGGAGACCAGGAGAGAGCAGAGGAAUACUACGCUCGCGCCAUCUUGGCGGAUCCUCAAGACGGCGAGAUCCUAUCGCAAUACGCAAAGCUAGUGUGGGAGCUCCAUCGCGACCAACCGAGAGCAUCGACCUACUUCGAACGUGCCGUUCAAGCUUCCCCUGAAGACAGCCAUGUUCAAGCAGCAUAUGCUAGUUUUCUAUGGGAAGUAGACGAUGACGAGGACCAGGGCGAAGAUGAAGAUGAAUACGAAUCGUCGCUUGCCACUUAUGCGAUGUCGCCGCAGUUUCGGGGGCGGUCUACAGCUUCUGUCAGCGCCUAACUGCAGACAUUCCUCUCGGAAAAAACAGAGUCCACACGGCGAGAAGUAGGACAUGCCAUUCAUACAUCAGAAAAUACUAUGUUUUCCUUUUUGGUAGGCUGUAUACAUAAGAAUUCUAGUUAGGACUAGGGAAGUGUACAAUAUUGCAUUCUCUCAUAAGCAUGCAUUUAAGUCUUCCUUUUCGUUACCGUGACAGGCUCUGUCAAAAUGUAAUUGGAGUAAAUUCGUAUUAUAUUUUAUGCGUGUGAUCGUAUCGCCUUAU